AUGCAUUGGAACCAGAAACCCGAGAGCCCCAAGGUCUCAGAGAAAGACUCAGAGAUGGGGAGAGCUGGGGAGAGCGCGCGAGGUGCGGGGCGGGCCGGGGCGGGGCGGGUAGAGGCGGGCUGGGGCUGGCGGUGUUGCCAGCGCAGAGCAAAGCCAGGCAGUGGCAUCUCCUGCUCAGAGCGCGGAGAGCUUGCUGGCGUCCCGGGCGCGCCCUCAGCGAUGGACUCCCUGGCGGCCGCCCUCUGGGGCGGGCUCCAUCUCCGCACGCUGCUGUUGGGUGCCGUGGUGUUUCUGCUCCUUGCUCAUUUCCUCAAAAGAAGGCACCCAAAGAAUUACCCGCCAGGACCCCCGGGCCUGCCCGUCUUUGGCAACUUCUUCCUCUUGGACUUUGAGAAGUCGCAUGAGGACAUUCAGCCGUAUGUGAAGAAAUAUGGGAACGUUUUGAGCCUGGAUUUUGGUUCUAUACAUUCAGUAAUUAUAAGUGGAUUGGGCUUAAUCAAAGAAGCCCUUGUCAACCAGGACCAAAACUUUGUGGACCGCCCCGUAAUGCCUCUUCGACAUCAUUUCUUUAAGACAAAUGGAUUGAUCAUGUCUAAUGGCCAGGCAUGGAAGGAGCAAAGGAGGUUCGCCCUGACAACACUAAGGAAUUUUGGUUUAGGAAAGAAGACCUUAGAGGAACGCAUCCGGGAGGAGGCCCAGUUCCUCAUUCAGGAAAUAGAAAAGGAGAAAGCUCAGCCCUUUGACCCCCACUUCAAGAUCAACAAUGCAGUUUCCAAUAUUAUUUGCUCAGUCACCUUUGGGGAGCGCUUUGAGUACCAGGAUGAUCAGUUCCAGGAGCUGCUGAGGCUGCUGGAUGCAGUCACAUGGCUGGAAACUUCAGUGUGGUGCCAGCUCUAUAAUAUCAUACCAAGGAUAAUGGAUUUCUUUCCUGGACACCACAAAAAACUCUUCAGCUACUGGGAGAAACUGAAGUUGUUUGUUGCUGAUGUGAUUAAAAACCACAGGAGCGACUGGGAUCCUGAUAAACCAAGAGACUUUAUUGAUGCUUAUCUUAAGGAAAUAGAAAAGCAUCGUGACAAUGCCACUUCAAGUUUCAAUGAAGAAAACCUCAUCUUUUGCACCAUGGACCUCUUCUUUGCUGGAACAGAGACAACUUCAACGACGCUGCGUUGGGCCCUGCUUUACAUGGCCCUGAACCCCGAUAUCCAGGUAAAAGUACACGCUGAAAUCGACAGAGUGCUUGGCCAGUCCCAGCAGCCGGGUAUGGCUUUCCGAGAGUCCAUGCCCUACACCAACGCUGUCAUCCACGAGGUGCAAAGAAUGGGGAACAUUUUGCCCCUGAAUGUGCCCAGGAUAGUGUCGGCAGAUACCACCCUGGCCGGAUACCACCUGCCCAAGGGAACCACGAUCAUCACCAAUCUGACUGCACUGCACAAGGACCCCGAAGUGUGGGCCACUCCUGACAAGUUCAACCCGGAGCAUUUUCUGGAGAAUGGACAGUUUAAGAAAAAGGAAUCCUUCCUGCCUUUCUCAGUAGGAAAGCGGGUGUGUCUGGGAGAACAGUUGGCCAGAACUGAGUUGUUUAUUUUCUUCACAUCCCUUAUGCAAAAAUUUACCUUCAGGCCCCCAGAAAAUGAGCAGCUGAGCCUGAAGUUCAGAAUGGGCCUCACCAUCGCCCCAGUCACCUACCGCAUCUGUGCUGUGCCUCGGACAUGAGGUGCUGGGAGGGAGAGGUACAGAAACAAGAAGAAUGGCGUGUCCUCUGAGGCACUGUGCCUGCUCAGAAGUGAGGGCACAGGAUGAAAGUGGCUCUCAGGAAAGAUGGGAAAUGUUGGAUUCAGGGGAAACAGUUGGAUUCAGUUGGAUUCUUCGCUGUAAGAAUCAGAGGAAAUAGUGGAUUUAAGUAGGGAAUCUAUAAAGCAUAUGUAGGGUAAGGUAAAAAGUAUCAGGCUUUUCUGCUCUCCCGCCAUUAGUUUAGAUGAGGGAACCCUGCGGUCCUGAAUGCAUGCCUGAUGGCGGGCACCUGGAGUAGGGUGUGGGCAUAUGUAGAUGGGAUUCACCUGGGCUGAAACUGGGCUUUUAAGGGCGGCUUUUAAGGGACACCAGCAGAAGCUGAGGAACAGAGAAGCUGAGAGAGAAGCAGAGCCACGAGAAGAGCAUAGAAAACGUGAGAGAAGGUCGGAAAGCCCAGAGUGAAGACUUGCUGGGGAUUGGAAGGCCUGCCAGCCUCCUGGCCCCACAGCACCACUGCCUGCCAUGUACCCAGUAGAUCCCAAUAAAAGCCUGCAAAAGCCACUGAGGGCUCCAGGACUCCCUCCUCCUUUACCCCGUCUGCUGGAUCAGAAAACCUGCUCAGUGGCCUCUCCUGCCCCUCCAGCAUAUCAUAAGAGUCAUGGCUGGAAUCUGCCUCCUUCCUUCCUAAGAUGUGCCAAGGCUUCUGGCCUGUUGCAGUGGCUCAGGUCAAUCUUAAAAAUGAAAUCACAGUAUCUUUAUUACACUAAAAAUAAGUUAACAACAAUCCCUUAAUAUCAUCAAACAUCUAGUUAGUAUCGAUUUCCUUUUGUGAGAGGACCGGUGUGGGGGGACCCUCUGAGCCCAGGGUGAAGUGGGGUGGUCCUCAGAGCCAACUUGAGGGUGAGAGAUGGAGCUUUCUGGACCCCAGCCCUGAUUCCCUGACAGGGGCUGCCAGGACCCAGGGGCCCAAGGGAGUCUCCAGGCCGCAGAAAGACUGACACAGGUGGGCCGCUCUGUCUUGUUUGGGUUCUGAUGGCUCCCCUGUCUCCUCUCAGCUGAGGCUGGUGAAUUCUAACAGGGGAGGUGCCACAUAUCCUGCCCCGCCUGUGGGAGGUAGAGCUGAGGAAGGGUGGACACAAGGGGGAACUUGGGAGAAGGCCUGAGGAGGAGAGGAGCAGACUUGUGAGAGGCCGCGCUCGCUUCCUGGCCUUGGACUUGCACCAGACUUGGGGGACACGAAAGGAGACGAUUGGAAGAGACGUGAGAGACCCGUGGGGAGGCUGACAACAGCGACCAUUUCCUGGCUUGUGCUUUGGUUUGGCUCCUUCCAGACUUACCUGGCCCCUUCUGCCUCUUUCUCAUGGUUCCCCACCAAAGGUGCCUUACACUUGUGGCAAGAUUUUGGGCCUCAGCUGCCCUGCUUGGGGCCUUUACCCUCGAGGGGAUGGGUAACCUGGGGUUUCAUGGGCAAACUUUUAACUAUAUUCUCUGCUCUCUACGCUAUUAAAGUUCUUUUCAAGUAUGUUUGUCUUUAAAUAGUAGAACCUAUAUAAAGCGUGUAAGGUUUGGGGGUCUCAGGGUGCCCCUCAAUUUGCCCCUUAGCCUGCCCACUGACACUGGAACAGCCUUCCGCCAAUAAA